GCAGGCAACAGCCCGCGCUCGUUGUCCGAUCCCGUCUGUCUCUGUUGAAGACAGGCACUUGGGAGGAUCCUGUGAAAGAGAUCGAGGACGGAGAGAGGCCGGCAGAUGAUGUCGAGGGAGAGCAAGAAAGCGGCAGCCGGUCUACAUGAGAAGCUGCAGAUCCUGCGAUCCAUCACUCACUCCCGAGCGCUGAGCGAUACUUCCAUAAUCUUGGACGCAUCGGAGUACAUCAAGGAACUGAAGCAGAAGGUCGUCAGGCUCAAACAGGAGAUCGCGUGUGAAGAAGCAGGCGCGCUCAAGCACAGCUCCUCCCCGACGGCGGUCACUGUAGAAACCCUAGGGCACGGGUUCCUCGUCAGCGUGUUCUCUGACAAGAGCAGCCCCGGGCUGCUUGUUUCUAUCCUCGAGGCGUUUGAUGAGCUGGGCCUCAGCGUACUCGAAGCCACGGUGUCUUGCGCAGACACAUUCCGCCUCGAGGCUGUUGGGGGAGAGUUGUUUUGCAUCCACUCGGCUGCUGGAAUCUGAUGCAGAACCAGGUGAAGAAUGUGGACGAGCAUGUCGUCAAACAAGCCGUGCUCCGGGCCAUCGGGAACUGCUCGGAAGGCGGUCGCCAACAUGAGUAGUGCAGCAAGGGCCUGGAUGAGUUGCAAUACUCACCAUCACCAUAGUCCAUGUCGGCACGCGCGCAUGAUCGGUUGUGCGGCCAUUGCCGAUCCCGUAACUAGUCGUCCUUCUCUUGAUAUAUGCAUGUUCUGUUCUAUCCGACAUUAUCUGAAGAAAAACUACAACAGCCUUCAGAAACCCUGCAGCACACAUUUAGUUUCCUCUGUGUACUAUUAGCUAGUUGGGCAUUGUAUGUACGUGGUAGCCAGCAGGAGCAGCAAGGUGUAACAUGUGUACGCUGUUCCUUCCUUGUGUUGAUCAUGACUAAAUUUGAUCGUGUUUCUCCCUCUCUGACUAA